UUUCCGGAAAUGGGAAUGAUGCCUGAUCCUGAAAUCUAAUUCCAUCUGUUGGUUACCUUGGCUGUUAGAUUUAUGAAGCACGUCUAUCAUCUUUAGCUGAAGUAGACAAUUACAUCAUGUUUUAUAAACAGUGGACAUUUAUAGGAGGAGCUACUGCUGCCAUUCUUGCUGCAGUUUAUGUGUUCUGGGGACCGUCAAAGUCGCGUCGAAAGAAAGGAUUUCCAGGCCUGCAUAACUUUGGCAACACCUGCUUCCUCAAUGUCAUUCUACAGUCAUGGGCAUCUUGUCCAUCAUUGUUGCGCUGGCUUAAUAGUCAGUGUACUGUGCAGCAUCAGGCCAUGGGUUCUUUGACAUCAGCUGUUCUUAAGGUGCUUAAAGUGCUAAACAAUUCAUCUGAUGUAGAUCCUCAAGUGGAUGUCUAUAGCCCUGGUGUUGUCCUCCAUGCCCUGGAGAGACGAGGAUGGGUGAUUUCCCCUGGACAGCAGGACUGUCAUGAGUUGAUGCAUGCCAUGUCAGAGACCUUGGAUGAAGAGACCUCCCGCUUUCCAACUGUUUUGUCACUCUUUGAUGUCAAAGGUCUUCAGGACUCCAAGAAUAAGUAUCAGCCACAGGCCAGUGCUCGUACACGCAGCACAGGCCUUUUACCAGUGUUGCCAGGACGUCAAAAUUCACCACUUCAUGGUCUUUUAGCUUCACAGGCAAAGUGCCUUCGCUGUGGGCAUCGCUGCCCUGUCAAAUAUGACCUCUUUGACAGCCUCUCCUUGACAUUGCCACAGAUAUCCUGCUGGACUGGUUUAAGUCUGGAGAGCUUGCUGUAUCAGUAUGUAAAGCCAGAAGUGAUUGAAAAUGCCAACUGCCCACAUUGUGCCAAACGACAGUCAGCUAACAAAGAGACCACCAAACCAUCCAUUCAGCGCAUCCUGACUAUUGGCAAGGUGCCUCAGUGCUUAUGUCUGCACAUACAACGCCUUCAAAUAAACUCUUCUGGCAUGCCUAUCAAGAGGCAGGAUCAUGUGACAUUUCCUGAGACUCUGUUUAUGGACCCAUAUCUUUUCACAAAAUCUGGUGCACAAGACUUCACAAAAUCAGGAUUGUGUGGGGGAAAUGUCCCAAGCAUAUAUAGGACUAGUGCUCCGGUCAACUUGCUGAGGACUUUGAACUUUGAUGCUUCCACAGCGCGCAAUGGUCUCUUUCUGCAGAUGCCAGCAUCACUUACUAUUCCUCCCUCCAUGGCUGAUGUCAAUCACAACAGUCCCACCUCCCCAUUGGACAUUAGUGCCAUUUGUACUGGUUCAUCAUUAGAGACUGCCAGCACCUACUGCUAUCGUUUGACUGCUGUAGUGUCACAUUUUGGGGACGUCAUGUCAGGACACUUUGUAACAUACCGACGGGGUCCCAUGAGCAGCACUCAUCAGAUCCAGCAACCCCAGAUGUCAGAGAGUUGGUGGUAUGCUUCAGACUGCACAGUUGAAAAGGUGUCCAUCUCUCAGGUUUUGUCUUCCCAGGCUUAUAUGCUGUUUUAUGAAAGAGUAUAGAGGAAACAGUUCUUCUUUAAAUAGAAUUUUCUCCAUAAAUAGCCUGGAGAAGAUUUGUAAUUAGAAGUAUUGACCACUGAACUGCCAUUUUUUAUUUUGACCAGAGGAUUUUGAUUUCUCUCCUUCAGUAUUUUUAUUAUUAAUAUAUUUUUUAUAAUUUGAAAAUCCUAUUUGUGUGGAAAUCAGUUCUAAACAAAAUUGCAGAAAUAUCUUGGAAGGCAUAUGCUGUAGAAGAUGAAAAUACUUUCAUAGUACUUGCAUCCAUUUUGCCCAGCUUACCAUAUCUUAAAACAGCAUAUGGUUCAUGAAGUGGAUGCUACAUCAAUAUAUAUAUUUUGGCUGUGAGGGUUCUUAAGCACUCUUACAGCAGGGAAAGUAAGCAACAUGAAUAUUUGAAAUCCACUGUUUUAUCAAGAAAUAAAGCAUCCAUCGUGAAGAAAUACUCUGUGCCAAAAUUGUUUAUUCUGAUCAAAUAAAAGUAGGUUAUAACAAUAUGUUGUGUGUAAUAUACUUCAAGAUGCCUAUCACUAUAAUGAAAAUGUGUAGAUGAAAAAUUUAAAAUGGACAUAAUUUUUGCAUUUAUUCUUUUGUCAGCAAGUAUUUCAUGUUGCUAGUCCAGUUUUGUUUUCUUUUUGUCCUUGUUGAUCAUGUGAUAAAAUUUUCUGAACUGACACACUUCAGUUUUCUAGUAACUUUGAUGUUUGUCAUAACAACAGUUGAGCUUUGUUCUGUUUGCUUGCUCAUUUGUGACCACAUGUGUGUAUACAUGUGCAUUUGCACAUCCAUAUGCAGACAUUCUUGCACCUUUAAGGAGACAUUGUGGGAGCUUGUAUGAAAAAAUAUGAUGCAGACAUAUAGUUUUGCAAGCAAAGAUGCAUUGUGAUAGAAUAAUACAGCCAUCUAAUGUUUCAACAUAUUUGGCUGAGUGCGUGGAAAUGUUUGCUUCCUUUCUGAUAUUUUCGUUUUCAGGUGUGUUUAGAUGUUUGGAAUCAUUGAUAGUCUGUAGGAAUGCUUUGAAAUUCAUGGUCUCCAACCAAUAUUUAUUUUUGCUGAGUGGUGGUGUGGGGGACUUUGUGUGGACUUUGAAGAUUGUGUCAUUAUAGUUGGGUGAAAUUUGGCAUGAAGAUUGCUGUGGAUGUUGCUGUGGUCUUAUUUGGGGUUGAAUGGGAUGGGUUUGAGCCAUGCACUUCUGAAUGCCUCACUUUAAUUUCUGACCAUGGUGGAUGUAGUUGGUCUGAAAAUUGUUAGCAAAAUUUUGUGAUAUUGUGGUGACAUUUGCCCGUGUGACGACUCCAAAUUUCUUUAUGAUUCUCCCAUUGUAACAUAUAAGGGUUAAGUUUCAUGUGUUGAUGAUAUUUUGUGCAUUCAUUUUAGAUUGAGAUCACAUUGGUUAGUGUUUUGAUGAUUUUAUCAAAAAGUGUGUGUCAAAACACAACAUGCAAGUAUUGGCUUAAUGUGUGUGCCUGUGAGAGUGAUAGAGAUGGACUGAGAAAGAGAGAGCACUAUUCAUGUUGUUAAGGUCAUAACAAAAUUUGCUUCAAAACUGCCAUGUUUAAUUGAUUGUUACCUGUUACUGCCUGCUGCUGUGCAUGAUGUGUCCUGAUCUUGUUGCCUUGCAUUUUGCAAAGCUUGAUGGAAAAAGAAAACAUAAAUGCUGUAAGAAAACUUU